GUGUCCCUGUAUUAAAGUAGUAUAAAUACAGGUAUUACAUACAGACAAGUAGAUACUUUUUAGCGGUGGUUGUCUUUGUCUUCUUCAGGUUACAAGCAGCAUAAUUUGGUUGAGCACAGUAGAAGGUGACCAAGACUUUCAAACAGAUCUCAGCAUUUAAGACCCGAGUUAGCUGCCAAGGACAACACCUCUAUUCUUCCAGCAUCUACUGACCGAGCUAUUUAUUAUGGCGUCAAUUGAAAUUGCUUCCAUCGCAAAGGAUACUAAAAAUGUUAGGUUAGUCGCAAGGGUUGCCAGAGCUUGGGAUUUCACUAAUCCGCACAAUGCUGAUGCCAUUUUUAGCUUCGAAUUCCUUCUUAUUGACGCUAAGGGGGACACGAUUCAGGGCACAGUGAGCAAGCAUUUAGCUGACAGGUUUCGCCCUUUGCUGGUUGAAGGCAGUAUUUAUGCUAUUUCCGGUUUUAUAAUUGUGCCAGCUCAGAAUAGCUACCGCAUAAGUUGCCAUCCUUUUCGUAUCCGCUUGCUCCCAAAUGCUACUGUGCGCCCUAUUGAAGAUCUUACUAUGCCAAUUCCUUUUGACAACUUCAAUUUACUUUCUUUUGAUGAUUUGCGUCAACGUGUCGGGCUUAUAGAUUAUUUAUGCGACACCGUCGGACAGUUGGUUAUGAUGGAAAAUGUCCAAAGAAUUCGCAUAUCUAAUGCGAUAAAAAGCAAGCGUACUUUAGUCAUCCAAGAUGCAAGCUCUGAGCGAAUCGAAAUAACAUUAUGGGAAAAAACAGCUAUCAAUUUUCCUGAAGAUUAUGUGGUCGAGUGUGCUAAGGAAGGACCGAUAAUCAUGGUCAUUGCUGCUGUUACAGUGAAAUCCACAUACGAUAAGGCCAUGUUGAGCGGAACUUCAGCGACAAAUUUUUUUAUUAAUCCUGAAUUGCCAGAGUUUGAAUUGUUUGUUGCGAGUUUGCCGAACCCGCCGACUGAAUUGCAAAUUGUUAUGAAAGACUCGGCUCCUUUGGCCGAUCCAGAAAUUGAGAAGACAGAGAAUCGCAUGACAAUUGCGGGUUUACUUCAGCUUGAUUUUCACACUGACAAGGAUACCAAAUAUACGUGUGAAGCAUUCAUCAAGGAAAUUGAUCCAACUGACGGCUGGUGGUACCGGGCAUGUCCCAAGUGCAAGAGUGGCGUCCAAACUUACGACCAGAAUGUGUACUGCAAAAAGUGUGGUCCUUUGACAAUUAUGCCUGUCCCAUGGUAUAGAUUGACAGUUAUAGCAGAAGAUGGGACCGGAGUAGUGCCGUUCAUAGUUUUUGGAAAUUUGGCCUCUGAUUUGGUUGGGUUGCCUGCUUUAACUUUGUCCAUCAUGGCGAAGGAUAGACAUGAAGUUCCACCGUUGAUGAACAAGAUUUGUGGACGCACGCAUGUGUUUCAAUUACGCAUGAGCGAUCGUAUCCAAGAUUCUUCUGAGAUGUCUUUCAAAGUUGUCCACAUUUUCAAGAAUUUGGACCUCCCAAAGAAAGAUAUUCCAAGCCCGCCGGCUUCUCAGUCUUCACAGCUUCUUACCCGCAGCGGUCUCGCUCCAUCAACGCCUUCGAAAAUUCGUCGUGAAAUCCAAUUUACUGAUGGAGGCUCGCCGUCUGCUUCUCAAGAUGUUAAGAAGAUGAAGCACGACUAAAUGAUUGCCUUAGCUAUGCUUUUGUUAUGUUUGCUUAUUGUAAUAAAUGAAUUUCAAUGCCUGGAUGUUUUUAACAUUGUAUUUUGAUCAGAACCAACUUAAUGUUGCAUCAUGAAUAUCGAUUUGGUAGUUGUGAUUUUAA